UCUCUCCCUCCUGUCUGCUGCAUACCUCUCUCCUGCACCGUUCAUGCCAUCCUGAUCCUGAGAGAGAGCAGAGGAAGCAGCUAAACCACGCGGCUUUGUUUCCAUUUGCAGCUCCUGUGUUUUCUGACUGCCUCCUCAAUGAAUCAGCACCAGAAAACCCUGCAAAUUCAUCAAACGCCUAUCUUCAUUUAAACCCCUGAAACAAGUAAUUAUAUAAAUUCAAGCUGGGAGGAAACCUGAAAGAAAGAGAAAGAUUUCCUGAGAUGAUAUUCAACUUCUGGAUAAUUCAGCUAAAGACUGACCCUGAAAACAAAGGGCACGAGCUGAAGUAACUACUGAAAAUCCGUAAAUGGCCUAAACCCGUGAGUGUGCUUAAUCCAGCAGUCAAAGAUGAGCAUUCCAGCUAAUUUCCGUGGACUGAGGGUCAGUGUUGAAAGAGGAGAGAAGAUUGGAAAUAAGACCAGUUUCUCCCCAUCUGGAGACGAUAAUGCCAAUCAAAUAACUUCAGUCGCUGAUGAAGAAGGAGGUCACCCGAUUGAGGUCACAGGGUACACCACGGGCUCUAUUCCCCCAUUGGUGCGUCAGAGUGAAUCGCCCGACAAAAUUGUAAUAUGGGGCUCUGAGCAGCAAUGUGUGCAGCCUGAGCUCAGAGAGUUUGAGAUCCACACAUUCUUAGGGAAUCAAAGCCAGGAGGAGACUAAUGAGGAUGAAGAUGAUGGCGAGAGCAUGAGAGAUGGGAAGGAUGAGGGUCCCAUGUCUAUAUCCUCAAGUUCGACAGCCAGUUCUGCUUCAACUGGUGUAAGGAGAAAUGACAACCACAACAAGGAAGAGAGCAGAAUACAGAGAGGCAAGGAGAAACGCAUUGCCUGUCACAGCGCUGAAGAGCUCGACGCAUAUGUGACAGACUCAGUAGAGAAAAGAGACACCAGAACAGGAAGGGAUAGACGGACGGGGGGUCUGAAGGAGUCCAAGUCUGAGACAAAUGUGUUUGUCUCCAGUCUGUCAGCUGUUGCUCUUGGUGGAAGUUUGUCUAGUGCUCUGGAUUCCAACUGUGAAGCAUCACUUAUCUCCCUACCCAGCCCAAAGACCAACCCUUUUCCGAACGCCAACAGUACUACCUCAGCCCAGUCCAGCAGAAGGGCAGCCUCCUUAGAUGCCAAUCAGAACUCCCCACCAUUCUGUCCUGAACAGAGAUAUGACUGUCCAAAAUAUUAUAGCCAGGAGCAGGAAAGGAGUCAUCACAGAAACGGAAUGAGCUCUGACGGAGGCCUCGGCCAAAGGAGAAGGGCUGGAUUUGAGGAGAGAGUGAUGCCGCCUCGACGCCAGCAGCUCGUCAGACCCCUCUGCCAGACUGAGAUGAUAAGAGAAAGGAACUUCCCAGACUCCAAAAGUCAGCAAACUGGGACAGUGCUAAACUCCUCCAACAAUGUAUCUCCAGAGUCACACAGCAGUAGAUCAAACAGGAAGUUCACCAAAUCUGCUUUAAAGGAACCGUCAGACUUGUCCCACCUUUACAACAUAAGUGGCAUCUCCCAGCUGAGGCAGCCCCACCAGGUAUCCCAGAGGGAGGUUCCACCCGUGGAAAAACAGCCAACUACAACUGCACAACAUAUAUCUGGUCUCUCUAACCCACCCGCGCUGGACAAGAAACCCCAGGCUCAGCUGACUUAUCGAAGGAAUUGCUCCAGUCCUAACAGGACCGGAAUUGAAUCCAGGUCAUCUACCCCUCCUCACUCCCCUCUCAGGACACCACAGGGCUCACCACGCAGGCAGCCCUCUUUGUACCUCAUUUCCAGGAAUGUCCCUGGAGCUUCUAGGCACAUCCCAUCAGGAAGCAACCCAGCUGUACCAACGUCAGCUCAGGGCCAUGGCAACAGUUGCUUGAGAGCUCCGGUGAAAACUAAUAUAAGCACAAGCGGAAUCCCAAAAGCGCCUCUUAACAUCCAGCACAGCUCCUCUAACUCUAACCCCAAAGAGAACUCCCCUUCGCCCAAACUGAAACCUAAAGGAGUCCGUCCCAAAAUCAUAACCUCUGUUCGAAAGACUCCCCAGUUUAAGCUCCAGGCCGCGGACGGACCUUAUCAGGUCUCGUCUCUGCCAUCCAGGCUCUCAACGUACACCCACAGCCAACCAGCGGCCUUUAAAGAUCCAUCUAAAGACUGCUGCAAGCCCGACGCAGAAACCCGAGGAUCCCCAGUACUUAGUGCCUCUAACCCACUUUAUGAGAAAUACCGCCAAGAGAUGCAGGUGAACAGUUUCCCACCAGGGAUGCAGAAUAGGAGCAUAAGGGCUCCUGGACACACAAACACAGUCCCCCCAGCACAUACACACAGCCACAAUGUAUCCCCGAAACUAAGCGGCAGGUCGGACAACUACUAUGGGACAUCCUCUGAGGUGGGGCGGUCCAGCAGUUUAAAAGGCAUCUCCUCUGAAGAUGCAUUGCAGGGCAGGACAGCUACGCAGACUGGGGGAAGUGGCAGUCUCAUUCGUUCUGGCAGAGGCCUCCGUUUGGGUCUGGGAGCUGUCAGGACAACCGCAGUUCCAGUCAAGGCCCGGGGACCCAGUCAAGGACAGAGGUCGGCAUCUGUCUUCAGCCAGCCGAUUCAAACGGUCAGCCCAGCGAUCAGCUACAAAAGCCAAGACAACACAGAUGACCAGGUUCUCAGCCACCAGGCUCCUGCUGCUGCUGCUGCUCCUGCUGCUUCUCCAACAGUCUCCCAGCCCCAGUCCACAGCCUCCAGAGCGCCGUUUCCCAAAGUCAGUCAGUCGGGGCUGCGUCCUCCAGGUUUCUCCUCCAACCGUCUCCCAGCAGGCCGCCUGGCAGCCUUUGGUUUUGUCAGGAGCUCCAGCGUCUCCUCGGCCUCCUCGGCUCACUCUGCUGACAGUGUGCAGAGUGAUCCCUGCAGGACAGCUCACCGUCUGAGUGUGAGCGAGGAGCCCCCGCUCCACAGAGUGACAACGAGCCCUCCGUCGACAGAUCCACAGCGGGGGCCGCCGUGUCGCAGCAGCAGCCUCCAACCUCCCUCCACCCCGGCGUUGCCACGCCGCUACCUGCCACCCCAGCCAAGAAGCUCCCCUGGAGCUGGCAGAAAGGAGUUCCAGCGGAGUUCAGAGGUCACACGUUCCCUUCCUUCUUCCCCAAAGAGGCUGGCAGUGGUUCCCCCGAAGCUCCAGUCCCCAGUCCAGCCAGGGCAGCGGCCUGCAGUAACAGUGAGGGGCUCCACUCCCGCAGGGUCACCUCGGCGUGUGGCCCCGCUGAGACCGCCGCAGGAGCACCAGGAGAACCUGCAGAGAGAGAAAGAAGAGGCUCAGCAAAAGGAGCAAGAAAGGCAAGCGGAUGAGAAGGAAAAGAUGGAGCAAAUGGAGGAGGUUCAAAGGCUGCAGAGGCACUGCGAGCAUCAGGAGAAGCAGCUGAAGGCUCUGAGAGAUGAGCUGAGGAGAGCUUCUCUAGGUCUGGAUGCCUUCAUCGUCACCGCUCAGCAUUAUUGCCUCAAGAAUGAAGCUGCCGAGAAUGGUCGAAGUAAAUUAUCGCUGGAGUUGCAGAAGGCUAGAAAGGAAAUGACCUCCCACUCGAUGCGCUGGGAGAGACUCCAGCAGGACAAAACAGCGAUGGAGGCGGCGUUUGAGCGCGAGCUGCAGGAGCUCCAGAUGCAGCAGGAGGCCGAGCUGGCUGCGGUGGAAGAAGGCCUCAGGAAGUGUCACGCUGCGGAGGUGGAGCACCUAAAGGUGGAGCAUCGGUUGGAGAUGGAGGAGCUGACGACUCAGCAGCAGGAGCAGAUGGAGGAGGUGACAGUUAACCACCAGGCAGCCAUGCAGGAGCUCAGAGACAUGCAUAAUAUCACCAUGGCAACACUGCACGAGGAGCAUGCCCGUACAAUGAGAGACUUGAGAAAAGCUCAUGAUCAACAGCGACUCCUUCUGGAGGAGGAUUUUGAGAAACUCAGGCUGUCUUUACAGGAUCAAGUAGAUACUCUGACAUUUCAAAACCAGAGUCUAAAGGAGAAGGCCAAACGCUUCGAGGAGGCUUUGAGGAGGAGUACAGAUGAACAAAUCAUUGAUGCUUUAGCUCCAUACCAGCACAUUGAGAAAGACCUGAAGAGUCUGAAAGAGGUUGUUGAAAUGAAAAACCAGCAGAUUCACCAGCAGGAGAAGAAGAUCUCUGACCUGGAGAAAGUGCAGGCUCAAAAGAAUGUGUUCCUCGAAGAGAAGAUCCAAGUUCUACAGCAGCAGAAUGAAGAUAUGAGGGCUCGUAUUCAGAUGAACCUCACUAUGUCUAGGCAACUGUCGGAGGAGAACGCCAACCUGCAGGAGUCCGUGGAGAAGGAGAGCACCGAGAAGAAGCGCCUGAGCCGCAACAACGAGGAGCUGCUGUGGCUUCUCCAGACCAGCCCCCUCAUGUCCCCGGCCUCAUCGCCUCUCCACCGCUCCUCCUUCUCCACCUCCCCCGUUCCCUCCUCCCCGCUCUUCUCCUCCUCGCCCUUGGCGGGGUGCGACUCGCCAACCCACUGUCACGGCUGUCCCAGGCAAGCUCAGUACUGCUCCCCGUCGCACAGAGCUGCUGCCAAUCAAAACCUCUCUCCCGGUCCGGCCACGCCCACUCACAGGGCCGCUGUCAAUCACAACUACUCCUCCGGCCCGAACACGCCCACUCACAGGGGGUCGGCAGGUCGCUGUAACUCAAACGCCUCUUUACAGAAUUAAAAAGCAGUUGGUAAAUCUCACACAUUCCCGUUUUGUUCUUCAGUACUCCAACUCUUUCCUUCGCCGUGUGUGGUGGUACGUAAAAGUAACCAGAACCAGUUACCAGAAUACUGUACAGACACUGUGAACCCCCCCAACUGGUGGUGCUCGUGAUACACAGAUGCUAUAAGAUGGGGGGGGGGGGGAAAGUGUCUCUUCUUGUCAGAGAUCCAUGUUUAUCUUGUGUUUAAUUGUAUUCUGUAAAUACUGUUAAAUAUUUAGAACAGGUAUUGUUGAUAGUUAAACCUCCCCCUGCAUGUGUUCUGCGUAGCACGACUGUAGAGAUGGAAAUAGCACAUUCCAGUCACGAGAAGAUGAUGUGGUGAACACACACACACACAUAUGUUAGUAUAUACAUCAUUGUGAGGACAUUGCAUCGCCUAACCCUAAACCUAAGGUCAUGGGUAAGAUGCCCAACCCUAAACAUAACCUAAACUCAAUUCACACCUUAGCCCUAAACCUAAGCAGUAGCCCAAUUUGCAUUGUGAGGAUCUUGCAAAAUGUCCUCACAAUGCCGAUUGUCCUGACAACGUUGGUCUGCUGUCAAGCUUUGGUCCUCAUAAAGAUAGCUAUAUAAGCUCACACACCCUCAGUUAAAUAAGCUGUUCUCCGUCAGAAUAGGAUGUAUUCUGUCACUCGAAUUCCUGUUCUCAGUUCUAUCUCUCCGUCUGGACUAAACAAAGCGCCUUAAACUUGGUCCUACCACCUCACCAGCAGAAAGCGACCAAUGUUUCAUUUCUAAGGGACUUCGGAUCCAAAAUUGGUUUGUAAAUGGAAGCAAAUUGCCUCCUCGAGUUCUAUUUGAGUUUUUCUAAUCAGCUCAGCACUGAUAGUUUAGCAUCCCGGGAGCCAUGUUACCUGCAAAAUACAAAGAACUUUGUAAACAUUUUUUUUACAACCUUGCCAGGUCUUCCUUCACAUGAUGAGCUCCUCUUUACUUCAGUUCCCUCAGGUCAGCGCGCAAAAUCUGUGUUUGCUGUUUUCUACGUACCUCAGUGGAAUGUGCAGCCUGUUGUGUCUCGACAAAAAAGCGACAAAAAACACAACGUGACAGAUGACAGAGAGCUCAGCGCAAAGGGAAACCUAGCAGAGGAUUCACCGUUUUAAUUGUUGUCUGUUUCUUUAUAGGAGGAUGUUUAUAUCUGAUUUAUUUAUUACAUGUAAUUUGCUAAUUAAGCAGGCAUGUACUGUGAAAGUCUUCCAGUUUUAUUGUAAAAAGAAACUAUUGCUGUGAUCUGUUUAUUGAUGCUGAAAUGUUUAGAAAAUAGCCGUGUUUGUAUGUUUAAAGAUGUUUCUCAUGGGACAGAAGUGGAAUACAGUAUAUGACAUAGGACCCCCGAGAUAGCAGACGAUCUGGAGAUCCUGAGCACAGUACAGUGGUUUGAAUGUGCAAAAGUAUUCACCCCCUGGGAACUUCACAUUUUCUAACAUCAGAAUCCCAAACUUCCUUGUUUUUAUUGAGAUUAUAUUUAAUAGACCAACACGAAGAAGCCAGAUUUAAUCGGAUACCUCUUAAUAAAAAUCCCGUACAAGUAAUUAGUUACCUCAUCAAUACAAUUGCAUGGCAACUCAAGCUCGGUCAUAAAGGAUGACUGGAUAGCAACUGUGAACAACAAUUUUCCAGUCUUACCACAGACUCUGAAAUAAAGUCUGGACUUUGACUGGACCAUUCUAGAAUAUGAUUAUAUAUGUGAAUUUGGCAUAGACGACAUACAUUUUUAAAGUCAUUGUCCUGCUAGAAGGUCAACAUCGACUCCAUGAAAAAAGCAUAUUACAGCCUUUUUUGCAGGUUUCUUCCAGGAAUACAAUUCAUUUUGCUCAAUUAAUCGUUCUACUCUCCGGCUGCUCUCUGCCCAUCAGUUCAGCUAAACAUCCAGCUUCUUAGUAGGUUUGCAGCUGCGUCAUAAUCCUUCUAUUUCAAGAUGAUGAACAAAGCAGUGCAUGAAAAGUGUGCCAAGCCUUUUAAAUUUGUUGAAGUGGAAAAAUAUGUAUCCGACUCAUUCCAGUUCACAAUUAUGCGCUACUUUGUGUUUUUUUUAUCACAUAAAAUCCCAACACAUUACACUGAAGUUUGUAGCUAUUCUGCGACAAAGAGUUCAAGGGGCAUGAAUACUUUUGUUUGUUUUUUUAAAGGAACUGUACAUACCCUUUCACCUAAAAAAUUAGCAAGCCUUGGAACAUGAAUGCAUGGUGUUUCAUUUCGUGAACUAAGCAGAGGACAUGUUCAGAGCUAACUGGACACAAGUUAUCGGAUUUGCCUAUGGAUGCAGAAAAUUCUGCAGACAGCAGAUGAUGCUCAGAGGACUCCCUUAUGUAAUAGUUCUCUAAAUUAUGUAGGUAAAGCAGAAAACCCUGUUUACCUUUUGUGAUGUUCUUAAUUAGUGUAAACCUUGUCAAACCUGUAUUUAUAGUACCUGUUCAUAAUCUUUUUCGUAAUACACUUUUAUUUUUAAUCGGUAUAUUCAUGUAUACUUCUGCAUACUGAAUUUUCGGCAUACUAGAAUAUAUUAUUCAGGGGAUAUCUAAGUUACAAUUCAGUAGAUUUUCUUUUACUUUUCUUUUGUACAACUGGCCAAAAGAGCACAUAGUUUAGAACUAUUUCAAAAGAUUUCCCCAAAUUAUUUUACAAUUCUGAGAAAAACACCACACCAGCCAACUAUUUAUAUUAAAAAAAAAAAAAAACUUACAAUGGCAAAAAAAUAUCCUAUUUCAAAUUGUUUGUCAAAUCCCGCUGUGUAAAAUUCUAGCAAAAUUACCCUUCAGGGUCAUGAUCUUUUGCCUGGCUUUAAACAAGACAUUGUGAAAAGCUGCGGUCUUUUGUCCACAAAGCUAACACAGUCUAAACUUUACAUGAGGUUGACCACUGUAAAUAGAUAGUCAGCAGUGAUAUUACUGAGGGCAGCAUGCAUUUGGGUUAGUAGCUAAUAUAGUUGUAUUUAUUGGGAAACAGACAUUUGAAUUGGAGUGGGCGUGGGAGGGAAUUAUGUGGUUUCAUUGUGAAGAUCUGGCGCUGGUUACUGCUAAAUUCUCUUGAUGACUUGUUCUGCUAAGAAAUGCAAAGAAAAUGCAGAAAAAAUAUUUACCAGCACACUUGAUUUGAAUGUUUCCAGCUCAGCAGGCGAGCUGCAUGUACCGCUGAUGUACCAGACUUUCAGUCACAACAAUGCUCUUGACGUUUUUUUGGCAGUCCUGGUAAAGAUGUGUGCAAAAGCCUUGAAAUGAAUAGUUGUGAUUCGGAGAUGGUGACCAUUUAUAAGCUGCUUUUUCACUGCAGUUUUUUUAACAGAAAGCUUUGGACAUUAGCUCUUAAGAGAGGUAAAGCUAUACCGUGCUCGAAUGCACGUUCUCUCACCUUUCUUAUGUUGAACAGUUGAUUGCAGAAAUGGGUCCCUGUGUGAUGGAUUACAAUAAAAGUUAAUCUAGAGUGGUAAACUGUGUAAGAUUUGACCCAUAUAUUAGCUUAAUUUGAGGUAGCUAUAUUAAAUGAUUUUUCAGGUCAAUAUACAGUACUUGGUGCAUAUCAAUGCCCUUCUCAAAAACUCGCCUACAUAACUGGAGAAAGUCGGUUCUGUCGCAGAAUGGGUCACAUGACCCAUUCUAGGUUAUGGCAGUCUGAGUAACAACAAAGGAAGACAUAUAGGAUACUUACCUGACCAGACAAAAUUUUGGUUAUCUGAUAUACGAUUUAAUCUAGAGGGGUGAAUGUGGCAUUGUCUUUGCAAGUUACUCCAUGACUUCUCAGUCUGCUGGUCCAAAGUGGUCUGCUAUCAGGUCCCAAAACACGGAGGGAGACUGUUUAAUUUUCCGACAAUGCAGUGUGCCCAGUGGCCUCUGGGGCACUAAACCAGGAAGUAACAGGUAUAGCGCCCCUGGUGGCUAAAAGUUACACAAUGCUGCUUUAAACUUCAAAUAAAUAAAUAAAAAAUGCUUGAGUUGUAUUUCUUUUAUAGUAACUGUUAGAAGUAGUACUACUUGUGGCUCUAGUAUUCUUUUAAACAAUCAUUUUGAAAUAUAGUAAGAUUAUAUGGUUUCACCUACUUUUAAUUUUAAAUCAAAGGUCUGAUUGCUGCGGCAAUAAAACUAUUCAUUGCCGCAGCAAUAAAUUUAGUUAAGAUUAAUUUAUGUAUUCUAGUGCUUUUUUACACAUGUUUACCGGGGGUCAAAAUAGAAGUCAAGUGCGACGUUGGUCUUUAACUCCUUUACCAGCACUUUUUGAUGGUCUUGAAAGAAACUCUUUUCAUUAAACGUCAACAUUUUUGUACGACUUGGACACAGGGUUGAAUGCUCCUGACAGAGGAUUGUCAAAUGCAGCGUAAGAGAGAUAACUACAAUUGUUUUAUCACAUCUUUUGUUUUUUUUCUACACUGGUGAUUUUAAGAAUGUCUGCUCAAUUGUAAAAAAAAGAAGAAAAAAAGAAAAAAAUAAAGUCCAGUCAGAUACUCACUGUGUUUUCAGAUUGUUCGGGAUUAUUCCUCACUCAUGUCACUGAAAGAUUCCUCCUAAAAGCUUCACCUCAGGUGCAAAAACUACAGUCUACAAGGAUGCAACAUAGCUAUUGUUUACAAAUGGCAGCAAACAGUCCUGGAUUUCAAUAUAAGUCUUUUGAAUGGACUACAGUUUCUAAACCGUAAACCUGGUAUUGUAAUGACCCUGCAAUGUGUCCCUUGGACAUUUGUUUCUCACUUUGCUCUGAAUGUAAAAAACAAAAAAAAAAGAAAAAAUAAUUAAUUAUUGCAUUUUUAUAAAACUCUUUCAUGCCAUUUUGUUUACUAAAGAAGGACCUCUUUGUGAUCAUUUUGUAGCAGCCAUUGAAUAUGUAGCAUUUGGUCGAACCUACCCACAGAACAACGUGAAUAAUUUAAUAUAUUUGACAAGGUUUUUGAACACUCAUGUUGAUUUUUGAAUGCUACGGUAGCAAAUGUGGCUUGUCUACCAUCAGUUCAAUAAUUGAAAUUUGUAGAGGAUUAUCUUUAAAACCUAUAGCUCAGAUGGAUUUUGAUCCCGAGACUUGAUUUUUGGUGCUGAUUGUAUGUUUGAAUGUAAAUACAUUUAUAACUCGAGUUGUGUGUCUUUGUGCACCGACAGAAACAGAAGCAUGUUUUCUCGGCCUUUGCUGUCCUCGUUCUCCUGUCCUCUUUUUUGACCUCUCCGCAUUGUUCAUGGUUAAGCUAUAACUAAUGUGGGGAGACGUAGAAAAGGAGGGAUAAAAGCGUUCAUCAGUGUAAUGUGAACACGGUAUGUUGAUGCUUUUAUUUGUCAUUUCUGGGGAGAGGACAGUAUUAAAGUGUUUAAGAAAAAUA